GUAUGAUAUUUCCCAGUAAGUUUUCGUGUUUUAUUUUUCACCGAAUCUGAAAAACGGAGCACUUUUCAGAGCUCUUUGUACACGCGUGAUAGACACGAUCAAUCAUAAAAAUUAGCUGUAGACGCCACGCGGUCCAUCGCUGCCAACUGAGAGCAAUAUCGGCGGCGAAAGUCUGUGCCUUUGCUAAGCCUAAACGUUGCGGCCAAUGAAACAGUUCUCGCUGUUCAUACUGUUGAGACAGACAGGACGGCUUCCUGGCUCCCGGAACGAUGGUACGAGCGCGGGGUGCCGCUGAGAAGGGAGCUGAAUAGAAGUGAACAAGGUGAACAGUAUCCACCAGUCUGUGAAAUAUGUCUGACCAGACGGACCCACCAUCUGAUGGGACCUCCACCGGUCCUGAACCAUCAAGUGCUGGUGACUCUGAGGCCAUCUCUGACAUUCAGAACUACUUGGCAUCAUUUAACAAAGAGAUCCAAGGCGAUGGAGCUUCUUCAGCAGCAGUCACGACUGUUGAUGCCGUUAUCACUAGUGCAGAGACUGAUACUGCUGACACGGAGCCCUCAGUCACAACAGCCGAUGGCACCACUACUUUUUAUGUGACACAGACUGCUGAUGGCUUUCAGUAUGCGACAUCGAGUCAGGCUCAGUUCGAUGGCACCACUACGUACUACACGCCAACCCAAGCCACUUUCUACACCACCGAUGCCGACCAGGCCGCAGACGGCACUGCUACGGUGACUGCCACUGGUCAGCUGGAAGCCAUUCAAGGUUACGCCACAACAGCUGAUGGCAAGGCCUUUCCAGCUACAACCACCACGACUGAUGGUCUCCAACAGAUAGUGCUAGCUGUUGGCAAGGGCCAAGGAGCAGAGGCACGCGAAAUUGCUGUCACCAUUCCAGAUACUAUUGAUCAAGUGCGGCAUGAAACUGCGGAAGAACUGCUGAAGGCCGUUGAGCAACAAGGAAGGUCUGCAGGAGAUGGGGUGCAGUCAUCAGAUCAGCCGACAUUUGUGGCCAUGCAGCCUGGUACUGGUCAUGAUGGAAGUGAUGAGCAGCAAGUGAUCCUGAACACUGGCAACUCCUAUCAAACCGUUACAAUUGUGCCAUCGGACACAAAUCCAGGAGAAGUCAGCUAUGUGCUCAUUGUGUCCCAGCCAGAUGAGAGCAAAGAGGACUUGGCCAAAGCCGACAUGGACAUGUCUGUGUAUGACUUCCAUGAAGGAGGAGAUAAGACUGGGGCUGAAGUAGUGGCAGAGGAAGCUUCUACACCGGAGCCUGUAGCUAAAAUGCGUACCAUCAAGAUUGCACCGAAAAAGAGCCAGACGGUUACACAGGCACACAUGUGCAACUACUGCAACUACACGAGUCCAAAGCGGUACUUACUGUCUCGGCACAUGAAGAGCCAUUCAGAAGAACGACCUCACAAGUGUUCAGUGUGUGAGCGGGGUUUCAAGACAUUGGCAUCGCUGCAAAAUCAUGUUAACACGCAUACAGGCACACGCCCACACCAAUGUAAAGAAUGUGACGCGGCCUUUACUACUUCUGGAGAGUUGGUUCGUCAUGUGCGCUACCGACACACCCAUGAAAAGCCACACCGCUGCACAGAGUGCGACUACGCCUCAGUGGAGUUGAGCAAGCUAAAAAGGCACAUGCGCUGUCACACGGGUGAGCGGCCAUACCAGUGCCCACACUGCACGUAUGCCUCGCCUGACACGUACAAACUCAAACGGCAUCUGCGAAUCCAUACGGGGGAGAAGCCGUACGAGUGCGAUGUGUGCCAUGCUCGUUUCACCCAAUCCAACAGCCUAAAAGCCCACAAGCUCAUUCACUCGGGCAACAAGCCCAUCUUCCAGUGCGAGCUGUGCCCAACCACCUGUGGUCGCAAGACGGACCUUAGAAUCCACGUUCAAAAGCUGCACACGAGUGACAAGCCACUAAAAUGCAAGCGGUGUGGCAAAUCCUUCCCAGACCGCUACACAUACAAGGUGCAUGUCAAGAGCCAUGAAGGAGAGAAAUGCUUCAAGUGUGACCUGUGUCCAUAUGCGUCCAUCUCUCAACGUCAUCUUGAGUCUCACAUGCUGAUUCAUACGGACCAAAAGCCAUUCCGUUGUGAUGAAUGUGACCAGGCUUUCCGACAGAAGCAGCUGCUGAAGAGGCACAAGAAUCUUUACCACGACCCCAACUAUGUGCCUCCUAUACCCAAGGAAAAGACACACGAGUGUCCCGAGUGCUCGAAGGCCUUCCGGCACAAGGGUAAUCUGAUCCGGCACUUAGCCAUCCAUGACCCAGAAGCGACAGCAGCUGAACGGGCAGAAGCAAUGCGCAUUGGUGAGCCUAAAGGUCCAGGAGAAGAGCCGGAUGGUGAGGAGGAUGACUACAUGAUGGAGGACGAGGAGGAUGAGGACAUGGAUGAUAUGGGCAUGGAGGAUGGCAUGGUCAGCGAAGGCCAGCAGGUGGUUGUAUUUGAGGUGAUACAGAUCCCUGCAGCAGAUGGUGUAACAAUGGAGCAGCAUGCAAUACGAGCAGUUCCUGAAGAUGCGCUGCGCAUGACAAGCAAUGGUGGCGUCCUCACUAGUGCUGACGGCCAAGAGCUCACCAUCAUUCAGCAGGUUCCUCAGGAUCAAUCUGUAGUCACUGAGGUGGUGAACAAAGCUGCACUUUUGCCAUUGAAACGACCACGUGGACGGCCAAGAAAGUACGCCACUAUGGAGGCAGCUGCAAGCAAUCAGGGUGAGGAGGUUCUGGGCAUGGGCAAGGCAGAACUGGAUGCACCGCAGAGAGAAGCUGAGAUGGCACGGAGACGGCUUGAACAGAAGCAAAAAGACAUGGAGGAGUGCUUUGGUUUCAAUGAUGAAGAGGACGAGACAAUAUUGGCAAUGCCAGCUGCACCAGGGGUGAAUGGACCAAGUGAAGAGAAGGUUCAAGAUGGCACCACGACCACCUAUAUAUUAAUGCAGGAAAAUGGUGACGCUGUUUAGGCGGGUUUCUGCCAUACUUCACUGCAAUGUCUCAUCACUCCUGCCAGCAGGGAUUUCAGCUGACCCCAUUUUUUUUCUCCUGUGUUUUUGUUUGGUUGUUCCACGAACAGUUGACUUUUCUUUUCCCUCUGUGUUGUUGUUUAGUUGUUCUAUGGAGAGCUGACCUGUUUUUUCCUUCUCCUGUGUUUUUGUUUAGUCGUUCCAUAGCAUCACUGAACCACUGUAGUAGCAUGUCAUCCCAGGUUUCUUCCCGUCUGCACUCUCUCAUUUUUGUGCUGCCAGCUCUGUUUAUGAAACAGUGAAACAUUGAAACAUUGUCGACUCUACCGUAAAUGGUGUCAGGAGCUUUCAGUCAUCUGUAUGAUAAAUAUUGAGUUUAUGUCUCACUUAAAAUGCUUUGAGCGUGAAUGAUCGUUGUAUGAGCAUAUAUCUGUUGUACAGUUGCCAUAGGUCAGCACCUACUUGUGCUCCUCUUUUUUUUUUUCGCAUCUAGAAAGAGUGCAUCACUACUUUCAGCUGUGUGAUUUCAGUGAAUGAAAGGUUGCUUUAUAUAUCUUUUUUCAUUGCCUUGUAAUGGAGAAAGAUGUUUUGGUUCCCCAAGGCUUUCAAAGCGUGAUAUGUUCAUGUUUUGGCCCCCCGCCUCAUGGUCUAAGUCAGUCUCUGUGUGGUUUUGGCUUGAAAGUGUACCUGGCAUCUCUGUUUUGAAGUCUUGUGGGCUCCUUUGUUUUUAUGUACACUGUGUCCUUCAUCAGAGAAAAUUAUCAUGAUCAUUAUUUGUUGACCUUUCUUCUCAUUAUCAUAAAGCACCAGCUGUGUAACACAGUAGUGUGAAAAAUGUGAUUAAACAUCAGUGUAAUUGUUUUGUAAAUACAUGCAUCACUUUUCAGCACACACACAGUGCAUUUUUUGGCACACCAUCUCCAUACAUGCAAUGAUGUAGAUUGUUACUGGGGUGUGCAUUGGUA